CAGCUGAUGCUGUUUGAGAGUCACUCCAUCUGGAGCUGGAGAAGGAGGCAGUUUAUUAAUAGAUAAGGCUGAUUCUCCGGCAUCUUCGAAACUAACCGGACGCUUCCGCUCCGCCAGAUUGUGCGUAGUAACCCCUUUAACCCGGCGAUGUGUUAAAUCAAUGACGUGGAGAUGAAGAAACAAGUGAUUUUUGGCCUGCUCCUGGCCAGCGUUUCGUUGUGCAUUUCUGGACAAGAAGAGGAGGACUACCAGGAGCCACCAACGAUACUGGUUGCCCUGAUGGUGCGCAACAAGGCCCACACACUGCCCAUGUUCCUAAGUUAUCUGGAGCAGCAGGAUUAUCCUAAAAAAAGGAUUGCCUUCUGGCUGCGCUGUGAUCAUAGUAGCGAUGACAGCAUAGAUCUGCUGCGGAAGUGGCUGAACAACUCUGGAGAUCUCUACCACAGCGUGAGCUACGUUUUUGAGCCGGAUGAACAGAGUUAUGCCAACGAGAGUUCACCGUACGAGUGGCCCGCGUCGCGUUUCAAACACCUGAUAGCCCUGAAAGAGGAGGCCUUUCAGUACGGUCGCGACAUUUGGGCUGACUUUGUGUUUUUCCUGGACGCUGAUGUCUUGCUGACUUCAAAAGACUCACUAAAGGUCCUCACCCGUCUCCAAUUGCCAAUUGUGGCUCCGAUGCUGAUCUCGGAAAGCUUGUACUCCAAUUUCUGGUGCGGCAUGACAGAGGAUUAUUACUACAGGCGCACGGAUGAGUACAAGGAAAUCUACCACGCGCGGAAGCUGGGAAGUUUCCCAGUGCCCAUGGUCCACACGGCUGUUUUGGUGAACAUGAACCAUAAGGCCGUCAGGAAUCUCACUUUCGAUAGGAACAAGUUGGUGGAACUGCAGAGGAGCAGGCAGCAGGUACCGCUCUACGACGGACCAGCUGAUGAUAUUAUAGUGUUUGCCAUCUCGGCCAACAGCUCAGGCCUUCCCCUGCAUAUCUGCAAUGAUAUAACGUUUGGUUAUAUACUGCAACCCCUCGAACCAGGUGAUACCCUGGACCACGAUCUCCAACAGCUGGUGAAUCUCAAAGGCAUCAUGGUUAACGAUGUGGGUGCAGUGCCUCCCCUGCUGGACUACUUUAAACAUUUAGAAAAAAAGCCUGAGAAAAGCAAGCUCUCUCUGGAUCGCAUAUUUAUGAUAAAUCUGAAAAGGCGCCCUGAGAGGCGGGCGAAAAUGGAGGAACUCUUCCAGGAGCUGGGAAUCGAUGCAGAAUACUUCGAGGCUGUUGACGGCAAAGAACUAACUGCAGAGCGGUUGCAGGAGAUGGGCAUUCGUUUCCUGCCCGGCUACGAGGAUCCCUAUCACCACCGCGCCAUGACAAUGGGCGAGAUUGGCUGUUUUCUGAGCCAUUACAGAAUUUGGGUUAAGAUGGUUCGCAAGGGGCUCAAGGAGGUGCUCAUCCUAGAGGACGAUAUACGCUUUGAGCCCUAUUUUAGGCAAAACGCGGUCAGAGUUCUUAAUCAGGCUAGAAGCGUUGUGGAAUACGACCUCAUUUACUUUGGUCGCAAGCGUUUAAAGGAGGAAAGUGAGCCGGGAGUGACGAACGCGGAUAGUCUGGUGCAUGCCGGCUACUCCUACUGGACACUGGGCUAUGUGCUUUCCCUACAGGGAGCCUUGAAGCUGCUGGCAGCCAAGCCGCUGGAGAAACUGAUUCCCGUUGAUGAGUUUCUGCCCUUGAUGUUCAAUCGGCAUCCCAACAAAACCUGGAGCGAAGCCUUCCCUAAGAGGAAUCUAGUCGCCUUCAGUGCCUCACCACUGCUGCUAUAUCCCAUUUACUACACCGGAGAAUCUGGUUACAUUUCUGACACCGAGGACUCGAAGCAAAUCAAUGUGGAUACGAGCGAAGAGGGAGAAGCUCAGCUAAAGAGCGAUAGGGAGCUGGUUUUCGACCAGGAGGUGGAAAGCACCCCCGAUCAGCAACUUAAGCUUGGCGAAAGUUUGUCGAAAAGCCACCAAGAGCUAUGAAGUCCCCCGAUUACAAACAAAUCAUGCCAAAUUUUAUCUAGACUAAUCUUGCCAAAUGUGCCUUCAACCCGAAUCCACCAACUAAAAACAUUAACAACGAAUGUUAAAGUAGAAUUAGGUUUUGUUUAUCAGGCUGAUUAUUUUGUGCAAUUAAUUAUGUUGAUUGUGUUCAAGAAUGUCAAAUCUUCUACAUUAGAAAUAUUGAUUUCUAUGAUUUAUGUUUAAAAUAAUUUGAAGCUGAUUUUAACGAUACAAAAUAAUGACUAAUAGUUUAAAUCAAUCCAAAAGCAAUAUAUCUGCUUAAGGUAAAAUAUAUAUUAGAAUCGUUGCACAAAUUAAUGGCCAAAUCUAACCUUUAGACUACGUUUUGAGCAGCAUGCCAUUGUCUUAGCCAUUAAGUAGGUUUUAAGAACUGAUUAAAACUCGCACUUUAUUCCACUCACAA